UUGUUUACUCUAAUUUGAGAUUUAAGGAGAACGGGAAACGAAGUUGUGAAUUUUUCUUUCAUUAAGGAAAUGAUUGAGAAUGGGAACUGUGGCGCGCUAAAAUGUGGUAUUUUAGCGCUGUGUCGGCCGUUUACCGCCCUUGAACACUAAUGGCCUGCUCUAUAGCACUCGGGCCUACCUGUGGCAAGUGAAAUUGGUGAGAUAAAUGGAGGGGAAGGGUGGAAAUGUGCGAUAACGAGUGGAGGUGAGAGAACGGCUGAUAAGAAAGAAAAUGGCGACAUCCUCCCCCCCAAGGAUAUGAUCUACGGGUAAUGCAAUGGCUUCAUCUUCUAUUGAGGUGUUGGGCAUGGGGGGCGGGGAGGUGAAAGUAAUGCUGAUGGACGACAGUGCUGAAGGAGACGUUGAAGAACAGAUGCAUACCAUUAUUACUGCCAGUAAUGCAGAUGGACAGAUGAUAUCUGCUGUAGAACCACAACCAGCAUCCAGCCAGGAAGAGGACUUCCCAGACAUGGAAAGUGAAUUUCACACCCUUGAAGGAAUGGAACCACCACCAGGCACUAUCAUAUUCUCUCCACAAGACCUUAUGAGACCAAGCAAACCCAUGGGCCGGGGCAGAGGCAGGGGAGCACGUAGUGGCUUGGCAUCCAUCAAACAAGAGCCUGGAGGCCCUUCAACAUUUAGUGGUAAUCAAACCUUGGAAAUGCCUGUUUCUUGUGAAAUUUGUGGCAAAGUGAUGAUGACAGGAAAGACACUUGUACAACACAUGGCCAUACAUUCUGAUCUGAAGCCAUUCCAGUGCCCACAUUGCCCUAAAUCGUUUGCCCGCAAAGUACAUCUUCAAGGACACUUGGUAGUACAUGGAAUUGAAAAGCAGUUUGAGUGUCCUGUUUGCCACCAAAGAUUCAGUCGUCAAGAUUGUGUUAAGGUACACAUGCGUCUCCAUGACAAAAGUAAAUGUGUAUAUUGUGAUGUGUGUCACAAAGCUUUUCUCACAGUUGGGGCUUUAAAUAUUCAUCUUCGCAUUCACAGAGGUGAGAAGCCCUUCAAAUGUCAUCUCUGCAGUAAAUGUUUCACUCAGAAAAAUCACCUCAUUACCCACAUCAAACGUCAUACAAAAGUAACUGAUGAACAUUUUACCAAAAAAUUGGGGCCUCGGAUGUUCAAGUGUGAACAUUGUCCUCGUUCAUUUAUCCGGUUAAGUGAUUAUGAACGGCAUGUCCAGUGGAAUCACGGUGCUGUGGCUGAUGGUAGUAUUCUCGAUAAACUGCCCACAGUUGGCAAUCUUCUGGAUGGAGAACUCAGGCAAACUGGCCUUGCACCACAGAUAUUCAAAGCUCCCAAAGAUGCACUGAAUAGCAAACCAAAAUCCCGAAGAUCUAAGAAGGUAAUGUGCACAACCUCAACUCAAACGGACGAAGAAGGUGGUCGUGUCAUUAUUCCACGGCAGUAUCAAGGACAGGUGUCUGCAAGCACACAGGUCUCUGCACCCCCUACACCACGUCCAGCAGAUGAUGACAUGUAUGAGAAUGAUAUAUUUGAUGAAGGUAUGGACCGCAAUUACAGUUCGGAUGAAGAAGAGGAGGACCAGCAGCAACAGACAGGAGAAGACGAACAUAUAGAUAGAAAAGUUUUUGCUAUGCCUGAUUCAGAAAUGGCAUCUGAUCCAAUACAAGAUGCAGCAUUUGAUGCAAUAGUUCAAGGAAGCUCAAAACCAUCUCAAGAGCAUGUUGAAGAGGGUACACAAGAUGCACAUAGAGUAUUACAAGAAGUGGUUUCAUCUAUGGCCAAACAAGGUUUAGUUACAAAAUCACCAGAUUCAAGAUUAGAAGAGACGGUACUGGAAGAGGAAAGUGACGUGGGAGAGAAAGUGGCCAGUAUUGAAAGAGAAGACCAGGAAGGGGCUUCGCAAGAUACUUCUCCACAAUUUAAUGCCAUUAACAGAGUAGAAAUUCAAGAGGAAUCACAAGAUGGACAAACAAUGGAACCAAUAAUAAGAGAAGGAAAUAGAGCAGAUGAAGCACAAGAGAGUGAAAAUAAUAACCAAAUUUUAAAUAUGCCAGGCCUUACAGCUAGAAGUGAAAAUACUUACAUGCCCGUAAGGAGAGGGAGAGGGAGAGGUAAGAAGUACAGUCCAUAUGGACUGUCAGGGGCUGCUGAAUUGCGUGCGAUAAGAAAAAGUAUGAUGAAAAACCUCUUGGUCGCUGAUCCAUUAGAGGUCAAGGGUUCAAACACUUCAGAGACUGAAGAUUCAAGAACGAACAGUGGAGCAGAUGUAAAAAAUACAAACAUUACACCUGAUGAGGGAGAAACAGAGGGGCGAGGUAAACGUUUGGCCAAAAACAAGCAGCAUGGAAAAGAUUUUGUAUGUAAUAUGAAGAACUGUGAAACAUGCUUCUCCUCACCAAAGCCAGGUGUGAAGACCCAAAUCAAAGUUAAAGUUAAGGUGAAGGAAAAAGAUUCUCCAGAGAAACCUGAAGUAGUAGUACCGGCGAGAAAAGUUGUACCUGUUGCAUUUUACGAACCAGUGAAGCAAAUAUUAAAAGAUAUUACAAGACAACCAGAGAAGCGGCCAGUUAAUAUGACAAAUACAGGUCACAAUAUGGUCAGCAAUCCAGAGAAAUCCCAAGAUCAUGGUGUUAAAAGAAUGAGAAUAGAGAAUAGGUUAGAAGAACCUAAAAUGAAAGUUGGCAAUCGGGUUGGUUCUUACCCUGUUGAUAUUACAGCUAACCCUCUUAGUAACAAGGCAAAGAAGGAAGACUACUUUGUGACGUCUAAUAACUCUGGCAAUAUAGUUUCACCGCCUGUUGAAUUGAUGUCAUUUUGUAUUCCCACAUACUCCUGUAAAUUGUGUAGUAGAGAAUUUAGAUUUGAAGGCAAGCUUCAUCGUCACAUAGAGUCAGUACAUCAAAAUAAGGCAAUUUUUUCCCCGGAUGUGAAACCAGGUCGUGGUUCCAGCAAGUUAAUUCCCAGCACCAGUCAACCAACAAUUAUGCCAAAUCCUGCACCACCUUUGGAGCCUGAAAAUCCGGAGAUAGCAGCAUUACGAUCAGAGUGGGAUGACGAUGAUGAAGACGAUGGCUUAGAACCAGCAGCAGUCAGUUCUAGUGCUGCAGUUACCAGUUACACAGGUCCUCAUCCAGUCAUGACCAUAGUAACUCGUGAAAUAGCACCAGUGACCACAACUGUUACUGAUGUGUACAGCUCUGGUGUCAAAGUUAAUAUGAAUAAAUUAGCAGGGCUUCUUCCACAGGUUGGUAAAACCAUUCCAGUAGAAUGUGAAGGGCAUAGAGUAAAGAAUGAAAUCAGCACCCCAAUUUCAUCAGUAGUAUCAGUAGUUGAACAAUCACAUCCAGAAACUAUCAUGGCUGAUACAUUGGACAUGAAAUGUCGACGAUUGUUGGAAAAGUUAUUUGAUCAUGACUUGCUUCUUGGCUGUGGACUGUUAGAAGAGCAUGUAUCUGUAGUGCUGGGUAGGGUUCUGCAGCAUUAUGGUGUAAAGAUGAUUGAAGACUAUGGUCAAGGGCAAUACGAAGUACUCAAGUACAACUUAUGGCGGUUAAUUGAAUGGAAAGUUACAAUGGAACAAAUGGAAGAGUUUUAUACUGCUGGUAAGAGUGUUGAAGAGAUGAUGGAUGACAUAAUGAAUGAACAAGUGCCUCUAGUGUCUCACCACUUUGUACCACAUGAACAGGCAGCUCAGGGACAUGUACAGGUGAGCCAGGCUGGUCAGGUGGCACAAGUAGAGGCUGUAGAUGUUGGUGAUGGCCAGAUGGUGCUGCAGCACGUAGCUGGGGUACUGGGAGGUCAGAUCAAUUUGCCUGAAGGCGUUACACAGGUGGUACUCUCCCAGGAUGUCUCGCCCGAUCUCCUUCAAGGAGCUCACAUAGUCACUAUUGAUCCUACCACAGGCCAAGUGAUUUCACAAGUAACUGCUGACCAAGUUAUUCUAGCUGACAGCAUCGGUGAUGAACUGGAACAGCAAGUUGCAGCACUGGAUGGCCAGGUAGUGGUGUCCCAGGCUCAUGUGGUGAAUCAGAGUGUUAGUCAAGGAAACAUAGUGGUAACUCACUCAUCUGCUAUGCCAGUUGAGGCGAAUCACACACACAUAAGUCAUGGUCAAGUCAUAGUGCACGCAGCACCCCCACAACACGGUGUUAAGAUGGAGACUGCAAGUAGCAGUGUGAGCCAUCACCACCACCACCACCACCACCAACAGUGAAGUUGGCUUUACAACACCACUGCCCUGUACAAAAUGACAAGAUGCUUAAAAAAGACUUACUGUUAAGCUUUCUAUAUACAUUAUAUAGAUAAUUCCUGAUGGCUGAUCUUGUCCCACUAUAAGUUGACUUAUGCAGUUUUAUCACAUUUACAUACGGCUGUAAAGCUAAAGUUUUCAAGGAAAUUUGCAGAUGUUUCCUCAGGUUUCUUGUAAAUAUAUUCAACAAUUGGCUAUGAUAAAUUGUGUAGUGAGUGCCUUUCUUUACAAAACUACUGUAUGCAUAUCCACUUCUGUUCCCUUUAAAUAAUUAUUGUAUACUAUUUAUAAGUUAAAUAUAUUGACAACUGGUGAGCUAAUAAGGAACUGGUUAUUCACAAAAGUAUUAAGUAAUUUGAGGCAUUCCUCUGUACUUAGAUGUGUUUGUAUUUGUUAAAUAUAUUUGAAUUUAAUUAAAUUAUUGUAAAUUGGUUAAAUCUUCAAUUUAUGGUUCCUUUUUUCUACAGUUGUGUGACAUUCAAGUGUGAUAUGAAAAUACACAUACUUGCACUUUAUUUAUAUUCUAAUAAAGAUGAUUAAAUAUAACAUUGUACUCUGCCAUUUUCCUAAACAAAUAUUAAAAAAUAUUAAAACCUGA